AUGCCUUAAAUCAGGAGAACAAUUUUCUUCGCUUCAUUCACGCACACUCAAUCAUCGGUCUCGCUCUCAAGAGAGAUAGAGAGAGAGAUCGGAGAUUCUCACAUCCGUAAUUUCAGCCAUUAUCUUCUCCUCCAGCGAUUUCCUCGCCUCCCACUCCCUGUGAAUGUUCUUCCUCUCUCCAUAGAUUAUGAUACUAGUUUCCGAGCACAAUCGUCGGGCUCAACAAUGACGAUUAGUUUCAACGCCGAUCUGACUACCGACUUCCUUUUCACAUCCGGUUAUGAAUUCUAUCGAAUACAAGCUCCACUCCCGCUAUCAGGUUUUUGUAGAUUUGUUCAUUGAUCCACAGCGAAUGUUAAUUCUUACUGUUGCAACUGCUUUUAGAACAAGUGGAUAUGAAAUUGAGGUUUACUCACUUAAAGAGGGGCCUACUAUAAUUGACUGGCUCAACUAUGAUGUCAUACUUACGAAUUCUUUUCAAGCAAAAGAAGCAAAUUACAGGGUCAUCCAUGGAUAUGUGAAAAUGGGGUUGCUCCAGAUAGAGCACUUGAUCCUGCUGUUCUUUCUCGUUUGAAGCAGUUCUCAGCAAUGAAUAAGUUAAAGAAGAUGGCUUUAAGGGUAAUAGCUGAAAGCUUGUCAGAAGAAGAGAUUGCAGGUUUGAGGGAAAUGUUCAAGUCAAUGGAUACAUAGAUUUGAGACCUUAUGGAUGCAGUGUGAAGGUGGUGAUGCAAGCAAGUAAACAAAUUGGAUGAAACUUUUAAACAAUUUCAGAUUGUGUAGUAUGUUUUGAAAACUGGAAAAAUAAACAUAAAACAGGAGCUGAAUGUGAAUUUUGUACAACAUCUAUGGGGACGACACGUCGUUGCUAUAGGUCUAGCUAUGGUGACGACAUGUCGUCUCUAUAGGUCCAACAAUGGGGACGACAACCAUGAACCAACAACGACGAUAUGUCAUCUUUAAAGCUACCUAUGGCGACGAUAUCUACAGCGACGACAAAAGCUAUCUAUUGCGACGGGGCUAUAGCGACAAAGGCAUAUAGAGACGACUUGUCCUCACAGCCAUCUAUAGGGACGACUUUCUAACCUAUAGAGACGACA